AUGAACGAAAGAAAGGGAAAGUCGAGGGUUGUUGGACGCAAUGUUACUCGAUCUGAGCGGAGAAAACGUCAGGAGGAGAAGGAUAGAGCUCUUGAGUUGGAGCGUCAGGAGAAGCUUGCUCGUCAAGCUGUAGUUGAUCAUGCCCCCUCUAGCCAUGAUUCUCGACAGAUGCGAGUCAUCAACACAUAUGAUGACUUGGUAGAGGAUGCCACGAGCAGUGAUGAUGAGGGUGAUGAGGGUGAUGAGGGUGAUGAGGAGGGUGAUGAGGAGGGUGAUUUGUUGCCGUUUCCUGAUGCUUUUUACCAGGGUCAUCUUGUAGGUUCGAGCGAUCACGUGUCUACUGGCUCGACCCAUGUUAGUACUCGGGUUGGGCCGCUGCGUGGUAAGGAUGGGCGUUUUGCUUCAUCAUCUAGUGGGAGCGUCCCUUCACGGAAGAAGUUGGUGGAUCAGACAUGGCUGCUAACAGGAGCAGGUCCUGGGGGUCCGAGUGACCACAGUUUGAUCCCUAGUUUCGGUGGUCACAUAAGCCAUCGUUUGUGGACUUUGGGUUUGGAUUUUCGAGUGAUGUCUGAGUAUCAGUUCUACACUCGGCAGGGUGGAGUGGAUCGACUGAGGUUGUACAAGUUCUCGACUCCACGUGUAGAGAACUUGGUGAUCCCUGAUCCUCCUAUUCGACCAGCUCGUGUCAGUCGACCUGCUGUAGGGACCUAUAAGGUCGUUUUUGGGGCCGACCUCGAUCAGCUUUGGAGGUCUCGUGGUCAGCUGAUCAAUUUGGAUGCCUACUCUACACCUUUUGACGACACAGGAUCCGUUGACCCAGAGUACCUUAAGUGGUACACUGUGCGCACUCACCCGUGCAUUGUCCCCCCCAGAGAUGGUGAGCAGCAGGAGGUUGCGUUGUUGACCUAUGAGAUGCUAGCAUGUCAGAUUAUUGAUGGUAUUGAUCCUUUGCUUCGUGCUUCUGAUGAGGAUCUUGACAGGUUGGGUCCUUAUGGUGACAUGAUUCGACGAGUUCGUGACAAGUACAUCGCUUUUCGCCAGCAGAGACCGUACCGUCCACUUACCUUGUAG